AUGGCAUACGAGAAAGAACUCGAGGUUGCCCUUCUGGCCGUUCAACGAGCCUCUAUUCUCACAAAGUCGGUUUAUUCGAGUCACACUAAGGGCACUCUCUCCAAGUCAGACUCGUCGCCCGUCACAAUCGGUGACUUCGGCGCGCAAGCCCUCAUCAUCGCGUCCAUCAAGCAUGCUUUCCCUGAAGAUGAAGUCGUCGGAGAGGAAGAUGCAAAUGAUCUCCGUAAUAACGACUCGCUCCGCGAUUUGGUCUGGGAUCUCGUGCAAGCUGCAAAGCUAGAUGACAGCUCAGUAGAGGCCAAGAUUGGAGGGCCAAUUAAGAGUGCAGACGAGAUGCUGACUGCUCUGGACAGUGGAAACAGUGAAGGAGGCAACAAGGGAAGGAUCUGGGCAUUGGACCCCAUUGACGGCACAAAGGGCUUCUUGCGUGGAGGUCAAUAUGCAGUCUGUCUAGGCUUGCUCGUAGACGGUGUACCGACAGUGGGUGUCAUUGGCUGUCCAAACCUGCCAGUGGAUGACCAAGCGCCAAUUGAUGCUACUACUGGUCAAGAUGCAGACGACAAGGAGGGCAAGGGCGUACUGUUCAGCGCAGUAAAGGGUCAAGGUGCCACGAGCCGACCGCUCACCAAGGCCUCUCUUGAGGGAUCAAAGAAGAUUUCCAUGAAGCCCCUUCCAGAUAUCUCGCAGGCUACCUUUUGCGAAUCGGUAGAAGCAGGUCACUCUUCACAAGGCGACAAUGCCGCUAUUGCCUCGAAACUUGGCAUCACGAAGCCUUCAGUACGCAUGGAUUCCCAAGCCAAGUAUGGCUCGAUCGCUCGUGGAGCAGGCGAUCUAUAUCUUAGACUGCCGGUCAGCAAAUCAUACCAGGAAAAGAUCUGGGACCACGCGGCCGGUGUGGUCAUCGUGCAGGAAGCAGGUGGUGAGGUCAGCGACGCGUAUGGCAAGCCAUUAAACUUUGGUCUCGGUAGAACGCUUAGGGAGAAUAAGGGGGUCGUCGCUGCACCAAAGGAUGCGUUCUCAAAAGUCAUUGAGGCCGUCAAGGAAGUUCUGAAUGCAAAAGAGUAG